GGGACAGAGCGCGGGACCGCCGGUACAAGCGGGCACGGAGGGAGGCAGCCAGCAGGACAGGGAGGGACCCACCGAAGAGGCUGCUGCUGAAGCCGUCCCAGACGCAGCCGGCGGCGUCCCACACCCAGCGGCUCCUCAGGCAGGACAUGAAGAAUCUCCACAGAGCUAAGUCUCCACACUCAGGAAUUCAAGAAGGCCUUAUCCAGUAAACCUGGCAUCAGCCUUGGGUGAAGUAAUAGCAAAGUGGAUCUGGAGAUCCACAGCAAAAGAACAAUACAAAGAAAUUGAUCAGUGCGGUCUACAGAGAAGAUGUCUAGAAAGAAGGAUCGUGAUAAGAGCCCUGCUCUUGAAUUGAUUGAUUUCAAGAAUGCUUUGGAGCAGUUCCAUGAUCUAGUUGAAAAAAUGAUCAUCCAGAAGACCAAGGAGCGUUCAGGCUUGUGUACUAAAGAUGAUGAUGAGAUAGACUAUGUGAAGUUCUAUAGAACAACACGAACACUUUUUGGUCCAGCAGUCAAGGAUCAGAAUGUUCAGACCUUUUUCAGCAAGGUUAUGAGCAACCCUGAGGAAAGGCCAGAGUGGCCUGAGAUUUUUGGCUGUUUCACAGGAGAAAGUGUUGGCAUGUCUUCCCCAUCGAAAGAAAACAUGAUUUUUCUUGUAUCUGAAAAACAGCAGAUUACUCAUUCAGUUGUCAAGAGAAAAGAUGUGAUCAAGGGUAUAGUGAAGGUCCCCCUUCUGCAUUUCACAGUAACAGCUUCUCAGAAAGGAGUGCUAACUGUGUUUAACAAAAAGAUGAAGGUUCUGGAAACCAUCGAAGUUGAAGCUCCUACGUGGAUCAAUGGAUGUGAUUUCCUGCCUAAUCUGAAAUAUGUCGUGGCUGUAACUGAAAGCACAGUCAUUCUCUGGGACUAUAAACCAAAAGAGACCCAGAGUGAUGGCUUUGUCAUCAAACCAAUGAAAAACUGUAUGCUCUGUGUUUGUACGGUGACUAUGGCAGAUGACCUGGCUAAGGAUACCAUCUUAAUGGGAGAUGAUAGGGGUUAUAUUUAUCUGCUUACUAUCACCAGUGAUGACUUCAUAAUGAAACAAUCUAAAGCCAGAGAAGAGUCACAGUUUAAAGCUAUGGAUUCCGAAUCCUUUGACAUUCCUAAACGCAAGCUGCAUGAUGACUGGGUUGGGAAGAUUAGGUAUUUUUCUUCCCUAAAAUGUUUUGGAUCCUGCUCCACAGACAGUAAUAAUUCAUUUAUUUUGGAUGACAUAAAGCGACUAGAGGACCACUUACCUGUAAAGGAAUUUUCUGUCCCUAAAGGAGUAAAUGCUUUCACAUACUGUGGAAAGGCAAAUGUCAUUGUCACUGGAGGUAAUGACAGAAUCCUUCGUUUGUGGAAUCCAGUUGUUAAUUUGAGUCCUGUGGGGAAGCUAUUUGGACACAAACAUAGUGUUGUAGAAAUUGUGACAAAUGAAAAAGAUCAACAUGUCAUCAGCCUUUCCUGUGCCAAGGUUUUUAGAGUGUGGGAUAUACAGUCUCUUUCACCACUGCAGGUCUUCCAUGAAAAUCAUGGAACUCCAGAAGAGAUGAAUGCCUUUCCCAUGGUGUUUGACAAUGAUCAUGGCAUGCUUUUCACAGGUUCAGAUGUCAUUGAUAUUUAUCCCCUAGCUAAUGUGAUACAAGCUUCAAAAGAGUUGCCUCAGACACAUGAGAAGAGCCUCAAUGUUCUGCUUUACAACAGAACUUUUCACCAGAUUCUCAGCAUUUGCACUGAGUCUGUUCUGAAGGUCUGGGACCUAGAAACAGGAUCUCAAAUAUAUCAAAUAGAAGACGCACAUGGGCUAAAUACUGAGGUGACCUGUGCAGCCAUUGAAAUAAACGGUGUUUAUCUUGCUACUGGGGCAUGUGAUGGAACAGUGAAAAUCUGGGAGUUUGAAAGCGGGCAAGAAGUUAAAGCCUUGCCUUUAGAGCAAGACAGCAGUGAUGAGCAUCGAGUGCUGAAGAUAGUAUAUCUGAAGGCUGAUGAGGGUCAACAUGCAGUUAUUGUUUUGGAGCAGAGAGGGAAGAUAAAAAUAAUUCAGGGUGACCCAGCUCAAACAAAUCUAUAUGUCACAUGGGUGCUUCCUGAGAUAAUGCCAUUUCCACGAAGGAAUCCAGUUGUGUAUCUCUCACUGAAGCACAGCUCCUUAGAAACACAAGAUUUUUUUCCAGACAUUCGGCUUCUAUGUAACACCAGUUCCAUGAGAAAUGAUAAAGAGACUUUUUUAUCUUCUGUGGAUCUUAACUGUUUUGAUGUUUUAAAAGUAGAAAGAUGCAGAUUGAUAGCAACAGGAAGUGCAAAUGGUGAAAUAAAUUUAUGGGAUUUUGAAUCUGCCUCUGUGAAAUGCCUGCAUAAAUCUGCUGAAGACAACGAGGACUCUGGAGUGAAUGCCAUAUUAUUCCUCAUACGUAGUGUUUCUUCUUCCAGGAGAAGAAGCUCUGUGUCCCCUACUCCUUCUGUGAGGAGUGAUACCAGUGCCACUCCAGAGCAGGAAAGUUCUUUGAACCUAAAUGAGGAGGAAAAUGCAGAAAGUGGUGAAAUUAAUGCUGAAAUAAAUACAGCAGAAGAAACAACUAGCCGUAAGAACUCCCAAAAUCCAGAGAUGAGUGUACAGUUGUUGAAGGCUAAAGCAGGACAAACACCUAUACUGGCUUCUGCUCAUGAAAACAGCUGUAUCCGCCUGUGGAGUAUUCAGGGAAAUUUGAUGAAACAACUUCUGCCAUUUUCAGAACAUCCCUCAGGUCCUCUGACAGCACUGUGUACAGACAUCUUCACUAAAAUUCUUUUGGCAGGCAGUAAAAACGGAUAUAUUAUUCGCUGGAACAUGGCCUCAUUCUUAGAAGAUCCACGAAAUAAAAAAAAUGUGAUAAAGGAGGAGCUCUGCAGGAGGGCACAUGCUACUAAAGUGGUUGAAUUAUUUAUAGAAGAGGAGAAAAACGUGAUAGUGACAGCAUCCAUUGAUGGUUCUGUCAGGCUUUGGCAUGCCAUGACUGGAUACUAUUUUGGUUACUUUGGACAAGCCAGGAAGUUUGAAUUAUCAGAUACCAGUCGGUUAAUUUUGCCUUCUGAUGUUAGUGCUUUUCCAGCUAUAAUUAAAGAGGAGAGCAAACGAAUGGAAAAGAAGGUUAAAUAUCCUCUCAUACUGGACAGAGACAAGUGGAAGUCACUGACCAGAUCACCUUCAGAUUUAGAAAAGGCUGGGGAAGCAGCUCAUGGCUUCAAGUUUUUCAAAGCUCUGGCUCCCGAAAAGCUCCAAUCUUCGGAAGCUUGUGAGUUUCUAGGCAAAGAGACUGGUUCAAUAUUUGGGUUUCUUCCUAUAUAUGAGCUUGAGAAUCCAAUUGAACCGAGCAUGCCAAAAAGUCUUCAAAGGAUCAGAGCUGAGAAGUCCAGUCACAAGGGACGAGAAAAGGAUCCAGAUUCCAUUGAAGACUUGAGUAAAGACAAAUAAAUAUAGUUUCCGUCUUCAUUAAAGUGGAUUAGCAGAUUUCUUUUGCUCUUUUUUCUCUGUUUUUUUUUUCUUUUUUACAUUUAAAUCUAUUUUAUUAUUAAGUGGAACAUAUAGAAAACAAAUCUUCACUUCUAUUCCAAUCCUUCAUGCAAAAAUUAAAUUCUAUAUGAUGUAUGUGUAUGAUUAUAACUAGAUAUUGAAAAGCCCAUUUGAUUUAAUGUAUGUUUGCUGGCAGUUACUCUCUAGGUCAAAACCACUGAUUUCCUCUCUGCUUCAAUUUGUCCAGUUUGAACUUCUGAAUAUUGAAUGUUGCACUGUUUUUUUUUCCUGCCAGAUUAAUCGUAAAGUCAACGAAGAGUUAAUAUGCCCUGCUGUUUUUGCCUGUUCAUUUCUUGCUUACACUUUCAAAGAGUGUGUUUGACCUCUCAGCCAGAAAUGUUCCUGCUGAGCUCAUGUUCAAUUAAUUAUCCAUCAUGAUUCUGCCAAUCUUUUCUUGCAUUUCAGCAUUCCAGAACAUGACACAGAGCACAGAACAUAUUUUCAUCCUUUGUCUAAACAUACAAAUGGUGCCAAGAGUCUCACCUUAGUGAGAACUUAGGAUAAUGCAUAUAACUAGUGAUAUUAUUAUCUACUAUUUUGGGGAAAAGAGCAGGUUUUCUAUAUCACUGGUAUUGAAUGGUCUUUGAUCUGCUGGUCUUCUUAAAAAUACAUUCUUCUCACAAACUGAAUAUACAAUGACUUGCAAUUAUUUACCUGCCUUCAACUUGUUACAAGGCUAUGAUGGAUUUAAGGGUAGCUGCAAAAUAUCCCGUGGGAUAUUUAAAAUUUGUAUGAUCAGCUGUACUGGA